AACAGAUCCUAAUGCCCUUCCCGACGUUGGCCUUUGGGAAAUGUUAAGCAAACGUUUUUAAAGAUAAGGCAACCCGCAGCUGGAAGGUUGAUAUACGCAUAGAGCACCUCCGGCUUCCCUCCCAUUCCCAAUCCUUGAGGGUACAAACAAUGGAAGCUUCUCUCUGCACUUACCCUUCCUCAAAAACCCAUUGCUCCCAAACCCUAAAUCUUACGGGAAUUUCCACUAAACCUCUAUUCAGACCAAAAACCUCUUUGCCAAUUACCCACAAAACCGCUCGAAUUCCAUCUAUUUACUGCGCAAUCAGCCGCACCAAGAAGGAAGAAACGGUAGAAACCGUCAAGAAGGAGUUGGAGAACUGCUUCCUCCUCGCUGGAAUCUGCUACAAAGGCCUCACCGUACAGCAAUUUCAAGACCUCAGGAAAUCCUUACCGGAAUCGGUGAAGCUCGUCGUUGCCAAGAACACACUUGUCGGCAAGGCCAUCGUAGGGACUCCAUGGGAGGCUCUCAAGCCUUGCAUGAAAGGCAUGAACGCUUGGCUAUUUGUUCACACUGAAGAGAUCCCUGGAGCUCUUAAACCCUACAGGGAUUUCCAGAAAGAGAAGAAGUUGGAUUCUAAUGACUUCACCGGGGCGGUGUUUGAGGGAAAGUUCUAUGGGCCAUCUGAUUUCAAAGCCCUAGAGACAAUGCCGACGAGGGCAGAAAUUUACGCGAAGUUGCUGGGAUCGCUUCAGAGCCCGGCGUCAGCAUUGGUUAGUACGCUUCAGGCGCCGGCUAGGGAUUUGGUCAUGGUCUUGAAGGCGUACGUUCAGAAGCUGGAAGAAGGCGGUGGGCAAUAAAAAUUUUGCCAUUGGUGGAUCAGUAAGCUCUUCGGCGCCAAAAGCCUCUUCUAUUGAAGUUCCUUGUGGUUCAUUUGCUUGGGAAAUUAUGUCUGGAUCAAUUUAAUUGUAUCAUUGAGAGCUUAUCAUCUUCUUGUAAUGAAUCUUCGCAGUAAUUGUUUCAUGUCUGAGAUAAUCUCAGUUCGUAAUCUAUCUACCACAAUCUACUGAUACAUUUUUGUAGUUAUUCUCUAGUUAUGACUUAUGAACAUGAAUGAUCACAAUUGCCCUCAA